AUGAGAUCGGGGACUUGGAGCUACAGUUGGCUGGGCUGGAGAUGGGAGCCAAGUGAGGGACCCGGCGCAGAGAUCGGGGACUGGGCACAUAGCCCCAGGUUGGAGAUCGGCCUCAGAUGGGGGGACAGACCUGAGAUCCCGGGGGGGCUCCUGUACACCGCGCCCGUCCGGGAGCAAGGGAACAUCUACAAACCCCACAACAAGAGCAUGGCCGAGGAGCUGAACGAGAAGACGAUGCACGACGUGCACACCAAGGAGAUCGACCUGGUCAGCCGGGACCCCAAGCGGCUCAACGACGACGUGGUCAAGAUUGAUUUUGAAGAUGUCAUUGCUGAACCUGAUGGAACACACAGUUUUGACGGGAUUUGGAAGGCCAGUUUCACUACCUUCACUGUGACAAAAUACUGGUUUUAUCGCUUACUGUCAGCAAUCUUUGGCAUUCCUCUGGCUCUCAUCUGGGGUAUUUACUUUGCCAUUUUGUCAUUCUUGCACAUCUGGGCAGUGGUGCCAUGCAUAAGGAGCUACUUGAUUGAGAUCCAAUGCAUCAGCCGGGUCUAUUCUAUCUGCAUCCACACAUUCUGCGACCCAUUAUUCGAGGCCAUCGGCAAAAUGUUCAGCACUAUCCGGGCAACAGUACGAAAAGAAAUAUAA